AUGGCUUCCGUCACGUGCUCCCCCACCUCCCUCCAGCUUCGAUUGGCCUUCGCCGCUCCCAAAUUCCCCCUCGCCCCGCACGUGCGAAUGCGCAACCUCAACAAGAAUCGCGUUCGCCCUCUGCGCGCAGCGCGAGACGGCGCCGCCUCCGAGUGGACCGGGCCCGGGCCCAACCUCGAUGACUUCUCCGGCUGGUCCAACACCGAGGCCGAGCAACAGCCCGACAAGAAGAAUGAGUCCCAUGGAGGAGUUGUGGGAGUAGGAGUGGCUGGAGUGCUUCUUCUUUCAGGGCUUACCUUUGCUGCCUUAUCUCUUGGGAAACGAACUGGUUUCAGACCAGAGCAACACAUGCAGCCCUUCACUGCACAGCAGGAGGAAAUUUUGUCUUCUGAUGAUCAUAAUAAUGAAACAACAGAACAAGUGAAUGUUAACAAAGUGGAGCAAGGAAAGGAUAAAACCGAAGGAUCCCAGUUGAUAUAUGAUAGUAAAAACCCCUCCAAUGAUGUUGAUGAUGCCACUAAACAUAUAUCUGUUCAGGGACAGCAUGAGUCAGCUUUUGAUAACAAGUUAGUUUUUGCCAGUGAAAGUCCAGUGCCACUUGAAUUUGAAAAUACUGCUGAUUCUUUUAAUACCUAUGGAUUUAGAGAUUUUGAUAGCAACCCUACUGUAGAUACAGCAGAAUCUGCUGCCAAUCUUAAAGAAAACCUAUUCAAUGUUGAUCCAGGAGAUCUGCCCAACUAUGAUGAUGCCAAGCCACCACACCAUAAUACUGACCAGCAUGAUGAAAUAAACAGUUCAAAUGGAAGUUUCUCUGCUGAGGUAAAUGAGCCAUCCUUUGAAGAGCGGAGCAUUCCUGGAAAUGAUGUGUUUGAAAAAUCAUCCGUUUCAUCAUCAGCCAAUACACUGGUGAAUGACCUGGGUAUAAAUGAUACUUAUGAGGUUGAUGAAGUUAAAUCUGAAUCUCCAAAUUCUGGAUCCUUUUUCUCUGUUCCUGGUAUUCCCGCUCCAUCAGUAGUUUCUGCAACUGUACAAGUGCUUCCGGGAAAGGUUUUGGUUCCUGCAGCUGUUGAUCAAGUUCAGGGGCAAGCACUAGCUGCACUGCAAGUUUUAAAGGUCAUUGAGCCUGAUGUUCAACCUAGUGAUUUAUGUACACGUCGGGAAUAUGCCCGCUGGUUGGUGUCUGCUAGUAGUGCUCUUUCAAGGAGCACUGUUUCGAAAGUGUACCCUGCCAUGUAUAUAGACAAUGUUACUGAGCUUGCAUUUGAUGAUGUCACCCCUGAGGACCCUGAUUUUUCUUCCAUUCAAGGCUUGGCAGAAGCUGGACUUAUUGAGAGCAGGCUUUCAAGACGUGAUAUACAGUUGUCUUCUGAUGAAGAUGAUAGCCCAUUUUACUUCUCCCCUGGAAGUCCUUUAUCACGUCAAGAUCUUGUCAGUUGGAAAAUGGCCCUGGAGAAAAGACAGCUUCCAGAAGCCGAUAGAAGGAUGCUGUACCAACUUUCUGGUUUUCUGGACACUGAUAAGAUACAUCCUAAUGCAUGCCCUGCCCUAGUGGCUGAUCUAUCUGCUGGCGAGCAUGGAAUAAUAGCUCUUGCAUUUGGUUAUACAAGAUUAUUUCAGCCGGAUAAACCAGUAACAAAAGCUCAAGCAGCUAUGGCUCUGGCUACUGGAGAAGCUUCUGAAAUAGUUAGUGAAGAGCUUGCACGCAUUGAAGCAGAAUCUAUUGCUGAAAAUGCUGUUGCUGCGCAUAGUGCUUUAGUAGCUCAGGUAGAGAAGGAUAUCAAUGCAAGUUUUGAGCAAGAGCUUUUCAUAGAGAGGGAAAAGAUUAAUGCUAUUGAAAAAAUGGCUGAGGAGGCAAGACUUGAGUUGGAAAAGAUAAGAGCUGAGAGAGAAGAAGAUAACCUUGCAUUGACAAAGGAGCGUGCUGCUAUUGACUCAGAAAUGGAGGUUUUUUCAAAGUUAAGACAUGAGGUUGAGGAUCAAUUACAAAGCCUUAUGAAUGACAAGGUAGAAAUAGCACAUGAAAAAGAGAGGAUUAACAAACUCCGGGAACAAGCAGAAGUUGAAAACAAGGAGAUUUCCCGUUUACAAUAUGAACUAGAGGUAGAACGAAAAGCCCUGUCUAUGGCCAGGGCUUGGGCAGAGGAUGAGGCCAAACGAGUGAGAGAGCAAGCAAUAGCAUUAGAGGAGGCUAGGGAUCGUUGGGAGAGGCAUGGAAUCAAAGUGGUAGUUGAUGAUGAGCUCCGCAAGGAGGCCUCGGCUGGAGUUACAUGGCUCAACGCCUCAGAGCAGAUCUCGGUUCAAGGAACAGUUGACAGGGCCAAGAACUUAUUGGACAAGCUCAAACAAAUGGCAGCAGAUGUCAGAGGAAAAUCCAGAGACACACUUGACAAAGUCAUCCACAUGAUUUCCCAAUUUAUUUCAAAAUUGAAGGAAUGGGCAUUCAGAACAGGAAAACAAGCUGAAGAAUUUGGAGAAGCUGCCAUCUCAAAGGUAGGUAAGUCAGCCAAUGAAUUGCAACAAAGUGCCAUUGAAGUUGGAUUUGGUUUCAAAGAUGGUGCAAAGCGAGUUGCUGGUGAUUGUAGAGAAGGUGUUGAGAAAAUCACUCAAAAAUUCACACAGAAGUUCAAGACCUGA